UCUGAGUAAAGUAUCAAACAUUUAUGUUGCGCUGCAUGUGUUAUUUGUGCAGACAUAGUCGUUUUCGUUGAGUGCAUAUUCGUUUAGUAAACUGUAUAGCUGAAUUUGCUUAUGAUAUCGAAUUAUUGGUGUUUGUUUGCAUUUUUAUUAGUCAGCUUUCAUUCACAGUGAGUGUCAACAUGAACAAGAGGAAGGGUUGAAGUGACAUUCAUCAGUUUUUUGGGCAGCCUCAGAAAAGUUGAGAGCAAUGAGAAAAUGGGGACCAGUCAGAUAAGUAUGCAGUUGCACAAGAGAUCAAGACGAUACCUGACGAUUCCAGCUGCCACUCUGCUGACUAUCUCACCCCCGGGUUGUCCUUGUCCAUCUGGUCAUGCUUCUGACCAGGAUUAGGGUUUAUAGAGUCUAGACACAGCCCACAUGCAUUUAUUAAUUAUUACAACUUGUAUAUAUUCAAAAUAAAAGCCAGCAUUAGAACUACACGUUGUAAGGUGGAACAUGACAUUUGAGAAUUACUUACUAGGGUAUAAAAGUCUAUUUUAAGUGUCAAUUUAUGGGGAAAAUUAGAGGGUAUAGCUAGCAGCACUUUCUUAGCCACCUACUCAAUUUGCUCCACUGCAAGGCUCUACACAAUAAUUUGGCCUAUGCUAAUUGCAUAAUAACAAAAAAACUAGACAACGUAAGGUGGAACAUGCCAUUCGAGAGUUACUCACUAGGGUAUAAAUAAACUAUAUAAACUGUCAAUUCAUGGGGGAAAUUAUAGGGUAUAGCUUGCUGCACUUUCUAUAAUGUAUUAACAAUAUAUUGACUUUGGAGCUUUUAUUUUGAAGGUUUCCUCAUUAUAAUACCACCAUGAAGUUAUCGUUAGUGCUGCUGGCAGAAUACUGGAACAUUUCGAAGCAAUCCUCCGAGCCUCUGCUUCAUGCGUCCCAUCACUACUGUUAACACUACUGUAAAAUCUGCAACUUCAGCCUAUGCUCUAAUUUGGCAUCAGAAUGAGGAUCUGCCUGCUGGCCCUGCUCCUGGCCACAGGAAGCCAUGUCACAGGGUCAGAGGAGGACAGGAAGCCCAACUUUGUCCUCAUGAUGGUUGACGACCUCGGCAUCGGGGACAUUGGUUGCUAUGGCAAUGACACCAUUAGGACCCCUAAUAUUGACCAUUUAGCAGCAGAGGGAGUUCGGUUAACUCAGCAUAUAGCUGCUGCUCCUCUCUGUACUCCCAGCAGGGCAGCCUUCCAUACAGGACGCUACGCACUGCGCGCAGGUCUGGGCAGUAUAGGGCGUGUGCAGGUGUUGUUGUUUCUGGGAGGUUCUGGAGGUCUCCCUCCCACAGAGACCACAUUCGCUAAGAAACUACAGGAGCAGGGAUACACCACAGGACUAGUGGGAAAAUGGCACCUGGGAGUGAACUGUGAGCAUCGAGGGGAUCACUGCCACCACCCUAACACCCAUGGCUUCAGCUACUUCUAUGGCCUCCCCUUCACCCUGUUCAAUGACUGCAAUCCAGGGGAGGGGACAGACGUACUGGCGGAUCUAAAGAACCUACUGUGGCGGCUAACACUGAUGGUAGCCCUGGCCCUGCUCAGUCUGGUAUGCGUGCGAGUAUUAGGUCUUCUGGAGGUUAGUGUCUCCUUCAUCGUGGCGGUGACCUGUCUGAGCCUGCUGGCAUUCAGCGUGUGGUUCAUACCCUUUCACUUCUUGAGGACCUGGAACUGCAUCAUCAUGAGGAACCAGGAAGUGGUUGAGCAGCCCAUGGUUUUAGACACGUUGCCACAGCGACUCCUAGGAGAGGCCCAGGGCUUCAUAGAGCGGAAUGCCGACAGGCCUUUCCUCCUGUUCCUGUCUCUGGCCCAUGUACACACUCCAUUGUUCAACUCUCCAGGCUUCGCUGGGAAGAGUCGCCAUGGUCUCUAUGGGGAUAACGUGGAAGAGGUGGACUAUAUGAUCGGUCGUAUGACUGAGACUGUUGACAGGUUGGGUCUAGCCAACAACACUAUGAUGUAUUUCACCUCUGACCACGGAGGUUUUAUCGAGGACAGAGAUCAUCGCGGGCAAAAAGGAGGCUGGAAUGGAAUCUACAAAGGUGGGAAGGCUAUGGGUGGAUGGGAGGGUGGCAUCAGGGUUCCCGGAAUAUUCCGAUGGCCGGGCCGGCUACCAGCAGGCAGGGUGGUUGACACACCCACCAGUCUCAUGGACCUGUACCCCACGCUCACACACCUGGCCGGAUCAACACACAGCCACAGGUUGUUGGAUGGAUAUAAUCUGAUGCCCGUGUUGGAGGGGAGGACCGAUCGUUCACAGCACGAGUUCAUGUUCCACUAUUGUGGAGCCUACCUAAACGCUGUGCGCUGGCACCCACCUGGAAGUGAAUCCGUGUACAAAGUCCACUUCUUCACACCCAACUUCUCCCCCCCGGGGGCUGGCGGUUGCUAUAAGACCAAGCUUUGUUUCUGUGACGGACAUCACGUGACACACCACAACCCGCCACUGAUCUAUGACCUUUACACUGACCCCUCGGAGUCCCGCAACUUGACCUCUGACACUGAGCCACGCUACCAGGAGGUUCUGCAGCAGACUGCCCGGGCCGUGGAGCUGCACAGAGCCACCUUUACACGCGCACAGCCGGACAUGCCCCACCCCCUGUUGGAGCCCGCCCCCAACCAGCUGUCAUGGGAGAAGAUUCUGUGGCGGCCGUGGCUGCAGCCCUGCUGUGGGACCUUCCCCUUCUGUGGCUGUAAAGAGAACGUUUCAUCUACACUGGCCUGACGCACGCACGCACGCGCGCUCGCGCGCGCGCGCAAACACACACACCCACCCCUCAGGAUGUCCCCGCAGUGACAGAGCGUUGUGUGGGUGACACGGAGAUGUUUGUUCAUGGGUUAUAUAAAGCAUUAUCAGAAUGUGCACAGAGGUAAUACAAACAUCUUUGAUAUCUGGGCCAAUCUUACUUGUAAAUUGCUUUAGAGAUUUAAAUUUGUCUUAGAUUAUUUGUAUUAUUUUCCCACAGCUACCUGUGAAUUCUGUGAGAAAGCCGUCUGUGAUAUUUGCAACUGAUGUUUGUGAUGCAGUGACUGCUGUAUGCUUCUGUUAUUUACUACUGUUCACCACAGGAUGGAGCCACCUUCCUGGCCUGGAAUAAACGGUCCUCUCUG